UUUAAUUUUUAAUUUUCAUUCUUUAUCUGGGCCUUCGUAGUAUGGCCUAAAACUUAAAAGCAAAUCAUGCUUAAUUAUCCGAUAUAAGAACCGACACAAACACAAAAUACAACCAAAUUAGAUAGAGAGAGGCUUGUGACGAUCGUGGGGUAACAACUUUCUCUCUGCAAUUCAAAAGGAUUACGAGUAGUAAUUUCGGCUAGAAAUCAUGAAAUUCAAGAAAGGGAGUAAGCUGAAAGUAUUGAGCAAAAGGAAAGUGGCUUUAGGACCACAAUGUUCUAUGGAAGCAUUAAGAAGCAAUGGCUCCAAAUAUAUGGCUGGAUAUGUUAUGUCUAAAGGUGUCAAUAACCAUGAUAUGGUGGAGAAGGUGUCUCGAAACGUCAUCGUGCCCUGCCACACUCGUUUAGACCUUUCAGAGGCUUGGGCUCCUGGUGAUGUCGUAGAAGUGUUCGAUAACAACUUAUGGAAAAUAGCCACCGUUUCUGAGGUUUUGGGGAAAAUGCACAUUCUUGUCAGAUUACUUGGAUCCUCUCAGGAGUUCAGAGUCAGAAAAACUCAUAUCCGGGUUAGACAAUCGUUGGAAGACGAUGACAAUGCAUGGGUUAUGGUCGAAAAGGGAAAUAAAAAUUCCAAUGGAGGGAAGCUCCAUACGAAUCUAUUUUUGAACCUCGAUCAAAAUUCAACCUCUCAAGUUCAAAAGACGAACUCGAGGACAUCUCCGUGGAAACAAGAUGACUGUUUUGUAAGUCGGAACGAAAAAUUUCAAGAUAGCUACAAUGUGAGAGUUCUGAAGAGAUCAACCGAUUGCUCGUCUAAAGCAUCUUAUCGAGCUAACCAUAAAGUUAGAUCGAUUGAGAAAAAGGGCAGAUACGUUAAGGUGGUUGCUGCAAAUCGAACAGAGUUACCUAAACUGCAGGUAGAUCCUGUUUCUUGUCCUAGAGAUUAUAGACAUUGGCCUGCAUCAUUGAAUCACAGACUUGGUGGGCAUUUGGAAUUGGAUAUCAAGGAUAACGAACCAGUUAAUCUGGUUCGGGAAUCGAACGACGUAGAUAGCAUUAUGUGCUCUGUUGGUAGUUGCAGCAUCAUCAGCGACAACUCAAGUGAGCUGCCAUGUGAUAUGUCCGAUCGAAAUGCUGGUCACUUCUGCGAGGAUCGAUCACCUAAUCAUUCGGGACACGAAGGACAUUGUCUCCCUACGAAAGAAGAAUUGGCAGCCGAAAUCCAUAGGUUAGAGUUACGUGCGUACCGUUGCACUAUCGAGGCAUUGCAUGCAUCAGGACCUUUGAGUUGGGAACAAGAAGUAUUGAUCACAAAUCUUCGACUUUCGCUUAACAUAUCGAACGAUGAACAUUUAAUGCAGCUAAAAUAUUUAAUAUCUGCAAGUACCAGUAUUCCAAUUAGAUGACUAGGAAAUAUAUUCUUUUGCUUAUCAUAGCCAUUUCUGAUAUAAACUGAAUGUACAACUUAGCCAACAAUUGAAUCUGUUUAUAAGAUCCUUAGUCCAGUUUAGUUUUAUGCUU